UGCUCUUUUGGAGUUUAAAUUUUUUUCACCUUAUCAUCUCUCUCGAGCUCUCCUCUCACUCACUCGAUCAACGCUGCCCGAAUGCCAUUCUUCGCCGCCGCUACUAGACACCAUAAUCCACCGGCAAUGUCUUCCGCCAGCUCCGUCGUCGCCACCGCAGCUUCUCAUUCAUGGCAGCGCUCUUUCUUCCUCUUUCCUUCGCCCUUCUCUCUUGCCCAAGCUCCCCUCUCCUAUCGUAAAUUCCUAUGCCUCUCGCUCCCCCGUGCUGUCUCCUCUCGCUCUCGUCUUGUGGCUGAAGCUUCUCCGACCACUAAUCCAGAGGUAGAGAUGGAAAACAAGCGGGUUCUCAUCAUUAACACCAAUAGCGGUGGCCACGCAGUGAUCGGCUUCUACUUCGCUCGCGAACUUCUCGGCGCCGGCCAUGAGGUCAAAAUACUUACCGUCGGAGAUGAGAGUUCCGAAAAAAUGAAGAAGCCGCCCUUCACGAGAUUCUCAGAGUUGGUCAGUGCUGGCGCUCGGACGGUUUGGGGUGAUCCCGCCGACGUGGGUAAGGUUGUGGGCUCGGCCGCUUUCGAUGUGGUGUUGGAUAAUAAUGGCAAGGAUUUGGACUCUGUGAAGUAA